UCGACGAGAGGUGGAAAUGGUCGCGAGGUCUAUCGGAGAGAGAGACUCUCUGGCUCGCGUUGGCGUUGGCGUUGGCGUUGCCCAGACCAGAGGAGCGAGAGGCGGGAGUAAUCAGUGGCGUGCAAGUCGGAGGAGGAGAAGGCGAUGGAGGGGACGGCCGACCACGGUGGGGUCUUUCUACUUCUCGGCCUGCCCGCCUCGUGCCGCUGACAUGCCAACCCUCUGCGCUUCGCCCUUCAUUUAGAGGCAAUAGCACCCCAGGUCCAUAAACUUGCACCGAAUGUGAUGUUUUAGUUCAAAACUUGCAAAAUGUGACUAAGGACUCCACAAACUUGACACCCUAUAUGGUGUUUUGGUCCACAGCCACUCACAGCGUGCCAUGUGGCAGUCCAGAGGGUGGACCGGUCAGCUCUGGCAAUUUUGCACAAAGGCCCCUGCCGUUCACUCUAUUCAACCCGCAGUUCUUACAGUUGUUGGCCCCGUUCCACACCCCACCUACCGUUGCUGUUCUGUUCCCCCACCCUACACCUACUGUUGUUGUCCCCCUUUCGCCUCCCUGUUCCCCAUUCCCCAUCCUCUCGCUCUCCCUCUUCCUCUGUCGCCGGCAGCCAGGCCCCUCCCCCACCACCUCCUUUGAACCUUGAACAUUUGCAUAGCUCGUGGCCAUGGUUUCCUGGAGCGAUUCUGGCAGUUCGUCCGACGCUGAGUCAGUCAGCAGCGAAGUGCAGGUUAGAUCUCUUGCUCUGGUAUGGUUAGGGUUUCUUUGGGUGUGCAUUGUUAGUCAGCAAAUGAAGCUGAUUUUGUUAUGUUUUAGUUACCUGCCACCAUCUUGUGCUUGGAAUGGAGCGGCCUGGCCACAGAUCUGAGUUCAAGAUGUGAGCAUGAAUGUGUGUGUCAGAAGCUGGUGGCAUUUGAUUCAGUGGAUAGUGGGAGGAGAUUCUUAGCUUGUGCACAGAAGAACAUACCUAAAUGCAGCUAUCUGGAGUGGGUUGAUCCUGAGUGGCCUGCCCCUUUGAAGAUGAGCCUAGCUAGGAUCUGGGGCAUGUAUGAAGAUGAGAACAAGCUGAGGCUCAAGGACAAUGUGGUUCAUGCUCAAGAGAAUGUUAGGGUUGUGAGAGAGAAGGAAAAUAUGGAAAGAGACUUGAGGUUUUUUAAGGUUGGUUUUGCUCAAAUGGUGGCUGAGAAGGAGCAAGCUCUGGCCCAGCUAGGCAACACACAACUUGCUCUGACUGACAUGAAGGAAGAUCUUGAUAAGAAGAAGAUUUCUGAUAAAUCAUUCACAACCAUUCAUCAAGUUGUCAGGGCCAAGGCAGAGAAAGAGAGGGACCUAAUGAAGCAGGAGAGGGACAACAUCAUGAAAGAGAGGGACAAUCUGGUGCAAGAGAGGGACAACCUGGUGCUGGAGAGGAAUGUGCUGAAGCAAGAGAAGAAGAAGUUAGAGUACAUGAUUGGUGAUCUUUUCAAACAUAAGGAAGACACCAAGGGCAAGAUAAGGAAGCUGAAAGAGAUGCUUGAAGAAUUUGAAUGAUGGUGUAAUGUAAUCAUUAGUACCAGGUCCAGUAUGACCUUGCU